CUUGAGUGUAUUGUCAAUAUCUUGCAAGUAGUGAAGCUGUAAAGCUCCUCUCGUGGUCUGACUGUGAUUCGCUCAUUGGUCGCUGAACUGUCAGCAGCUCGAGCAACGAAAUGAGCCACUCACCCCGAGGACUGCUCACUCACGGCUCUUAUGAUGUUCCCUCAUCUGAACUUACGUUUCGUUCCUCUGUCAACACCGUGUCCGACGAGACAGUUUGACUGAGUUUACUUCUGCGCGCUUGUAAGAAAAGCAUAAGUAACUUUACGGAUUGUAAAGUUUUAUUCCAUGAUAAACGAACAUUUACGGGGGGAAACAACAGCUGCGAUGGACGCCACAAAAUUGGUUUUAUUGGUUUCAACACUGAGCUCUUUGUUUUCUCCGGUUGGUGCUGUUCAGAUGUGUGAGGUGGUAAAUGAGAUUGAGCUGGCAAGAGCGAGGUGCGAGAAUAAAACAGCAGGAAACGUCACAUCAGGCUGCAAAGGGAUGUGGGAUAUUAUUGCUUGCUGGCCAUCAGCCAAAGUUGGGGAACAUGUGGUUAUUCCCUGUCCAAUUUACUUCAGACACUUCUCUGAUCAUCAUGAGGGUAACCUCUCAAAGACCUGCACUGCUGAUGGCUGGACCGAGAUGGACCCGAUCGAAAUCGCAGUGCAUUGUGGCUAUAAUCUGAAUGGCACAGUAGAUGACGAUAGUUUCUUUAGGUCGGUGAAGAUCGGCUACACCAUCGGACACAGUGUUUCUCUCAUUUCUCUCACUACUGCCAUUGUAAUACUUUGUAUAUUCAGGAAACUCCACUGCACGCGGAACUACAUCCACAUGCACCUGUUUGUGUCCUUCAUUCUGAAAGCCAUCGCGGUCUUCAUCAAAGAUGCGGUGCUCUAUGAUGUUAUGCAAGAGUCUGACAAUUGCUCCACUGGCUCUGUUGGCUGCAAAGCUGUGAUUGUCUUUUUCCAGUACUGCAUUAUGGCGAGCUUCUUCUGGCUGCUAGUGGAAGGUCUGUAUCUUCAUGCUCUGUUGGCCGUCUCCUUCUUCUCUGAGAGGAAGUACUUCUGGUGGUACAUUCUGAUUGGUUGGGGAGGCCCAACGAUUUUCAUCAUGGCUUGGAGCUUUGCCAAGGCUUACAUCAAUGAUGUCGGAUGCUGGGAUAUAAUUGAAAAAUCGGAUCCAUUCUGGUGGAUUAUCAAAACCCCGAUAUUAGCUUCAAUUUUGAUGAACUUUAUCCUCUUCAUUUGUAUCAUUCGGAUACUGCGGCAGAAGAUCAACUGUCCUGACAUUGGGAGAAAUGAGUCAAACCAAUAUUCGAGGCUGGCAAAAUCCACACUUUUGUUGAUUCCACUCUUUGGGAUAAACUUCAUCAUAUUCGCUUUCAUUCCUGAGAACAUCAAAACGGAGCUAAGGCUUGUGUUUGACCUCAUUCUCGGGUCAUUUCAGGGUUUUGUGGUUGCUGUCCUCUACUGUUUCCUGAAUGGAGAGGUCCAAGCUGAGAUCAAGAGAAAAUGGAGGCGAUGGCACCUCGAAAGGUUUCUGGGUCCUGACACCAAAUACCAGCACCCGUCCAUGAGCAGCAACGGCAACAAUUUUAGCACGCAGAUCUCCAUGCUGACCCGCUGCAGCCCUAAAACUCGCCGUACAUCCGUGUGUCAAGACGAGACGUCCAUCACAGUCUAACUCGGCAUCUACAAUGAUGCGGUACCGUCGAUAUGAGGAUGUUCAGGACGUGCUCGUGAAAUUCAGUUCUGAAUUUCAGACUGUACUAUAAUUUUUUUUGGAGAGAUGAGCUACUAAACGUUACAUUUGCUGAACAUUUGAUGCCAUAGGAGUCGUUUACGAGGUUCUUGUAUGAAAAACUCAAUAGCGGACAGGCACAAAUCAUCAUCUGCAACACAUAAAACCUGUAAAUAAAACCACAGUGAUCUUCUGGGGAGCAGCGAGAUUGUAGUUUCGCCGACUCGGCUCUGCAGGGACAAAAGCAACAGCAUCAUCAAAAAUGACUGAUGAUACGCUGUAGGAAAAAAGAGGUUAGAGAAUCUUUGCCUGGACUGCUCUUACAUAUUUUGCUUAUGAGGUAAGUCAAAACAAAAAAAGAGAAACAAAAAGGCUACCAAAAGUGGAUUGUUGAAUAUCCAAUAUAUGGAGAUACACUGUAGAGACCAAAUGUGAUGUUUCUUCGAAACAUGUUGUUCAUAUUCUUUUUUUUUUUUUUUGAAAGAUGUUUUCAGACCUCUGUGUGUGUGCGUGCGUAAUUAAGCACGUUUGGAAGCCGAAUGCCCUUCUCUGCACUAUCAUUCCAGAUCAAUCAUCCCAGCGGUGUCAACAUUCAGUUUGCAUGCUUGUUUGAGUGUCAUUGUGCCAUGACUUGAUGGUUUUAUGGUCUAAUGUCAAAUUCUUUUGUGCGAAGAACAAACUAUUAAUUGUGAGAUCAACCACGACAAUAACGGCGCAGUUGGAGCUUGAUAUAACUGUUGUAGACUUUGACAAUGCUUAUUAUUUAUCUUAAAGAAUAACACACAUCAACCAAUUUACGCUUAACAAUGGAAGUGGUACUUAUGUGCAUUGUAAGUCUUAAACUUUGUGACCUUUUUCUUCAUCGUUUGGUUUCAGUGGUAACUUGCAGUGCUUGUUCAACUAGAAAGAUUUUCCUGUUUAUGUACAAGCUAAAGGAAAACGAAAAAGCAGGCCGCCCUGUCACACCGAUGUUCUUGUCUCGCAGUUUUACUCAUCGAGAUGGACUUGCAGCCAGAUCAGGGCUUGUGAAGUCGUGGAAAGCGACUCGAACUGGGUCAGCGCCACAUAAAGGUAGUUGAGUCUAGAUUGUGGUUUCUAUUUCCACUGGAGUGUAAAAUAAUCAUGUACAGUCACAUCUGAUAGAAUAUAUAAAGGGAAUGUACAGCAAAUUCAUUUUAAUCUUACAGCUGGGAUGUUUUGAAAAAGUUAUAGUAAUAUAUUUAACAAAAAAAAAGAAUUUAAAGCCUCAAAUCACUGCCCGACAUUGUCCAAUGACAUUUUUUAUUUUAAAUAUGUGAUUAGCCAGUUUACCUCUAAUCUCUACCACAAUAAAGAAUGUAUAUUCUUAUAAAAAAUGUUGUAAUUUUCAAAAUAUAAAGAUCAAAUAUUGCUUUGAGUUAGUUAGCAGUGUACUUUGUGAACUUCAUAUAAAAGCAUAUAGGAAAAGGUGCCUAUUUUAAUAUUUUUUAAGUUGCGCUGUAUAGGAACGAUGUGCUAUUGUUGUAUAUUAAUGUGGGUGAAACGUAAUAUAUAAGUGCACAGCAGAAGAACUGGAUGUUGUGUAUAUUAUCUGUAUCUGUGCUGUGAAAGUAAUAUUUGUCCGCAUGCUACACAGGUGACAUACGGUACAUUUUAAGUAAUAAAUUCACAAGAAGCAUGACCCAAAUUCUUUACAGUCAUGUGUACACGUGAAUAUUUUUGUAUCUACAUUUACAUGGUGUAUUUUUGUAACAUUUGGGACCAUUUUCCAUUGUUGUUUGAAUGUUCACGAUCAACGGUUUUAAAUAAACAACCUGAGCUGUACAUUUA